GGCAGCUGCCUAGAGAUGCUCCUGCUAUCAGUUCAGUUACCCCUUGAUCUUGCAGGCACGUUGUUGCAGCGCUGGAAUGUGCCCCCAGACCUGCAGCUGAGCAGACAAAUGGCUAGCACAGGCGUGCCUGGGCAAAAGGGCAGUAAUUCGGUUUUUGUCCUUAUUAUGGGCUUGUCCACCUUAGGAGCAGGUGCCUAUGCGUACAAAGCAAUACAGGAGAGCAAAGAGCGAUACGCCAGCCGGCUCGCCAGGAUAACCAGGCAAUCCCAAGACCAGGAGUCCUCUGCCUCAGGUGCAGGUGCAGCUCCUCAGGGCACAGCAGCUCCAGGCACUCAUCCCAAGGUCCCAUCCCACGUCCCCUUCCUGCUCAUUGGGGGAGGAACUGCUGCUUUCGCUGCUGCCAGAUCCAUCCGGGCCCGCGACCCCGGCGCGCGGGUGCUGAUUGUGUCUGAAGAUCCUGCCCUGCCCUACAUGCGUCCACCCCUUUCCAAAGAACUGUGGUUUUCCGAUGAUCCCAACGUGACGGAGACGUUGCGCUUCAAGCAGUGGAACGGCAAGGAGAGGAGUAUCUAUUUCCAGCCGCCAUCUUUCUACGUGCCUGUCGAGGACCUGCCUUCUGUGGAAAAUGGUGGGGUGGCAGUUCUGCCUGGCAAGAAGGUUGUGCACAUGGAUGUCAGAGGGAACACAGUGAAGCUUGAUGAUGGGACCCAGAUAUCCUACGACAAAUGUCUCAUUGCUACUGGGGGAUCCCCAAGGAACCUGCCUGCCAUCGAAAGAGCAGGAAAGGAUGUGCAGAAAAGGCUGACCCUGUUCCGAAAGAUCGAGGACUUCCGAAGGCUGGAGAAGAUUUCCAGGGAAGUCAAGUCCAUCACAAUUAUUGGUGGUGGUUUCCUCGGCAGCGAGUUGGCCUGUGCUCUGGGAAGGAGAGCACGAACCCGAGGUCUGGAGGUGAUCCAGCUGUUUCCAGAGAAUGGCAACAUGGGCAAAGUCCUGCCUGAAUACCUGAGCAACUGGACCACGGAGAAAGUCAGAAGAGAGGGGGUCAAUGUCCUGCCUAAUGCUGUGGUCAAAUCCGUCUCUGUCUCCGGCAACCGGCUGGUGAUUAAACUGAAGGACGGCCGGAAGGUGGAGACAGAUCACAUCGUGGCCGCAGUGGGGCUGGAGCCCAAUGUGGAACUGGCCAAGUCAGCAGGGCUGGAGGUGGACUCGGACUUUGGGGGGUUCCGGGUGAACGCAGAGCUGCAGGCACGCUCCAACAUCUGGGUGGCAGGGGAUGCUGCCUGCUUUUACGACAUCAAACUGGGCCGCAGGCGUGUGGAGCACCAUGAUCAUGCUGUGGUGAGCGGGAGACUGGCUGGAGAAAACAUGACAGGAGCUGCAAAGCCCUACUGGCACCAGUCCAUGUUCUGGAGUGAUCUGGGCCCCAACGUGGGGUAUGAAGCCAUUGGCCUUGUGGACAGCAGUUUGCCCACAGUGGGAGUAUUUGCCAAGGCGACAGCGAAGGACACGCCAAAAAGUGCAACAGAACAGUCAGGGACUGGAAUUCGAUCUGAGAGUGAAACAGAAGCGGAAGCCUCAGAAGUUCAGAUCUCUCAAAGCUCUUCACCAAUGCCUCAAGUCCCAAAGCAAGGAGAAGAUUACGGCAAAGGUGUCAUUUUCUACCUCAGGGAUAAAGUCGUGGUGGGAAUUGUGUUGUGGAACAUCUUCAACAGGAUGCCCAUUGCUCGGAAGAUCAUCAAAGACGGGGAGGAGCACGAGGACCUCAAUGAAGUAGCAAAGCUCUUCAACAUCCACGAAGACUGAACUCCACAGCAGGAACAUCUGGAGGAAGUGGGCUGCUGGCUGUGUGCACCCCUGCACCUUGGGCAGCUUCCUGGGAGCACUUGGGAAUAUUCCACUCACCCAAGCCCAGUGUUUGCACCAAUAAAGUCAGAUUGUUCUAG